AUGUCCACGCUGUUUCAUCCCUGCAAGUGUCUGCAGUUCAAAGCAGGUGAUGGGGAGGCCCCUGGAGGAGGCGGGUGGAGUCUGUCCGGGCUCAGGUGCUGUCCAGACCUCUGGAGCAACGUCAGGCUGCAGCGGCACCGCAGAGGUGGUAAGCUGCAGGGUGAGAAGCAGAUGAAGGAGCCGCUGGAGGAGGGCGAGCUGCAGACGAGCAGCAGGAGGCUGAUCCUCCGGGAGGAGCAGCUCUUCAGCCGGGAGGCUCCUAGUGAGGAGGACACAGAGCAGCUGCAGGAGGACUUCACUGCUCUGAGAGUCCAGGUCUGGGGGGCCGUCAGCAACACCUUCACCUCCUGCCCCUCCUCAGCGGAGCACCUGGAGGCCCUGCGUAGCGCCGUGGCCUGCAUCCAGCAGCAGGAGAAGCAGGACCGGCGGUGGACAGGGGAGGACCACGUUCCUCCAUGGCGUCCUAUGAAGUUUCUCAGCCAUCACAACACACUGCUGCAGGAGAUGGUGGAGGACAGACUGAAGACGGCGGCAGAGGACGAGUCCAGAGGUGGCCAUCAGCUGUCCAAGCCUGUGAAGAUCCAGGUGUAUCGCAUGGGGCUGUCUGUGAGGGAGGACCUGCUGGCCGUGGCGAGGACGGUGAGGGACUGCUACCCCCCGGAGAUGGACGUUCUGAACACGUACGCGGGACUCUACCAUCACACCUUCUCCCGGCGGCUCUCUGAGCUUGCUGCUUCUGAGCUGGAGGCGGACGAGGGCAGCUACGUGCUGCUGUGGGUCAACCAGGAGUACCAGGAACAGGUCCUGAAGCACGGAGACUUGGACGGACAGGUAGAUGUGGACCGUCUGGGUCCUCUGCUGCAGCAGGACCACCUAGACCGGCUGGAGGAGCAGUUCAUGACCCACAAACAGGACAAAGUGGAGUUGUGGCUGAACAGGGCUCUGAGGAAGGAGGAGGAGAGCUGGUGCGGCGGGGGGGCGCCGGAGCUCAUCGAUGGGUACUACUUCAACCCGCUGGCCAUGGAGGUCAUAAUGGUGAUGCAGGAAUCCAGGACGGGGUUCAACUGUGCCAUCAAAGACCAGAACAAGGCUCAGGGGCUCAGCGGUCACCUGGAGACCUUCCUCAACAGCUACAGGACGUGUGUGGAGGAGUUUCUGAAGGGCAACCAUGGUAACGUGUACUUGGUGAUGAAAGCCCAGCUGGUGUGUGAGGAGCAGUUCAGGGACUACGUCAGCGCUCAGACUGAGUUCCUGUCUGAGGAGCGGCGGCGGCGCUGUCUGGACUCGCUGACGGCUCUGAGGGAUUCUGGCUUCAGGCUCUUCAUCGCUCCUCUGCAGGAUAAGAUCAAGGCAGGUUUGAAGAAGCUCUGGACAUCCAGCUGGGUAGACGGCUCAGUGCCCAUCAUCGACUCGCUGCUGGACCAUCUGGACCAACAUCUGCCUGACCUAACUGAUCUGAAACCCACCUGCAGACAGUCCCUGCUCUCCGUCCUCCAUCAGGAUGUGGUCAUUAGAUAUGUGAAGAGGGUGAUGAAGACUAAGAAGAAGAGCACAGAGGACCAGAGGGCUGGGGCUCAGAGGAUGACUGAAGAUGCCCAAAAGAUGGACAGAUUCUUUGUAGAGCAGAGCGGCAGCGAGCCCUCGUGGCUCUGUCAGGUCCUCUUCAGCAUUGCUGAGAUCAUCCGUCUACAAGAUGCUGACAGCGUUCACGUGGAGCUCAUCACUCUGGUCCGGCGCUACCCCGACAUCAGCGGCGCUCAUGUGUCGGCUCUGAUGGAACUGAAGGGUCUGUCGGCUCACUGUCGCUCCUACAAGCGGAGCAUGAAUGAGAGCCGGCCCACUGGAGACUCCACCAAUCACCGCCCUCUGUUCUUCUCCAAGGUCGAAGUGAAGAGUUACAAGAAGAAAAUGAAGUCCGUGACCAAGUUUUUGAAGAGACCAUAG